AUGCUUCCCACCACCAAUGACAGAAAACCCGAGAAUGGCCUUACCAACAAACGAUGGCUGUUCUGUCUUGGAAUCUGUGGCAGCAUUUCGGCCGUAUUUCUCAUAAUGGGUCUUGCUACCUCCAGAAAUAUUCCUCCAACAAGACCAUGGUGGAACGCCGAAGCGGUCAAAACUCAUUACUCGACCUACGAGAAAGGCACCCAGGCUGGAAGUCUCUUCUUCUUCGUGUCCGGUGCUCUCUUUCUUCCUUACUCCGCUGCCAUCACUAGUCAGCUUCGACUCAUACCUGGUCUCAACCCAGCCAUCGCAGAUCUUCAGCUCGCCAGUGCAACGGCCGGUGUCUGGUUCUGGAUGAUAUCGGCAAUCUUCAUGUCACUUUUGACCUUCCGUGACUACAGCGCCGAAAUUAUACAACUGCUCAAUGAUGCCAUGUGGAUGUCGCUCUUGCUCAACUGGCCAAUCUUUUGGAUACAAUUUUGGACCAUCGCCUGGGCAAUUUUCUCAGAUCGGAGCCCCAACCCGGUCUUUCCAAAAAUCAUGGGAUGGGUGAACUUUAUUGCUCCAUUGGUACUUGCGCUGGGUUCGGGAGUGCACAUACAUCAUACUGGACCUUUUGCUUGGAAUGGAGGGCUGGUGUUUUGGCCCACCGUUGUGGUCUUUGGAGUGGAGAUGAACUGCUCUUGUUGGUAUAUACUGCGAAAUAUUCAACAAGGCCGGUACUGA